GCUGAUGUGACACAUCAUGAAGUUGAGUCUGAGUACGGGGAUAAACUCAAACCUUGUGAAUUUCAUUUUUUCUGUACUGUAGAUGCUUUACUGUUAAUGAAGAGAAGAACUUGUUGAAAAUGGGCGCCAAAUAAUUGAAGAAGCUCUAUCCCCAUUAUCAACUCUCAACAAUCUGACAAAGUAAGAGAGAAAAGGGAGAAAAAAGAGAAAGAAUUUUCUGGGUGUUUUAAGUGUUUUGAUGCAUAAUCAUGGACUAUGACCUGCGCUAUUAUAUACAGCAAUUACAGUCCUACAAUGGCCGCCAUAACUCCAUUAAUCAAGUUAAGCAGAUUCAUCUCCUUUUCCUCAAAAGGGGUAUCCUUAAUUCCGUUUUAAGCAUCGGAAAUCGUCUUAUUCAGGUUUAUGCAAAAUGUGGUAUUAUGAGUGAUGCAGCUAAGGUGUUCGAUGAAAUGCCCCAGAGAAACUGCUUCUCAUGGAACACCCUUAUUGAGGGAUUUAUGAAGUCAGGGGAGGUAAGUAAAUCAUUAGAGGUUUUCAAUUCUAUGCCUUUUAGGGAUGAUUUUUCAUGGAAUGUUGUUAUUUCUGGAUGUGUGAAAUCGGGCGAAUUGGGUUUAGCUAGGAUGGUGUUUAAUGAGAUGCCUAGAAAGAAUGGUAUUGCUUGGAAUUCGAUGCUUCAUGGGUAUGCUCGUCGUGGGUGUCCUACAGAAGCUUUGAGGUUGUUCAAAUAUAUGAACUUUGAUGGUGCUGAAUCAAGGAAGAGAGAUCCUUUUGUUUUGGCAUCAAUGGUUGGUGCUUGUACUGAUAUGAUGGCUCUUGGUUGUGGGAAGCAAAUACAUACUAGGAUAAUUAUUGAUGGAGUGGAAUUCGAUACGGUUUUAGGAAGCUCUAUUGUUAAUUUGUAUAGCAAGUGUGGUGCAUUAGACAAUGCCAAACAUGUCUUUAAGUUGACAAAAGAAGCUGAUUACUUUUCGCUUUCUGCUUUGAUUACAGGAUAUGCAAGUGUGGGUAAGAUGGAUGAUGCUAGAAGAACUUUUGACAGUAUAGCUAAUCCUUGUGUCGUGGUUUGGAAUUCGUUGAUUUCUGGUUAUGUUGCUAAUGAUCAACCUAUAGAGGCCUUGGCUUUAUUCAACAUGAUGAGGAAUAAGGAAUAUAAGCCAGACUGCUCUACUUUUGCUAAUGUUUUGAAUGCUUGCUCGAGUAUUGGUGGUUCUCAUGAAUAUGGUAGACAAUUACACAAUCAUGCUUGCAAAGUUGGGGUCUCUACGGAUGUUGUUGUUGCUUGUUCCCUUAUUGAUAUGUAUUCCAAGUCUGGAAAUCCAAGUAAUGCUUGUAAAUUCUUUGAUGAGCUUGAACUUCAUGAUACUGUCCUUCUUAAUUCUAUGAUCAAUGUCUACUCUAACUGUGGAAGAUUGCAAGAUGCCAAGCAGAUCUUUGACAGUAUGCAUGAUAAAUCCUUGAUCUCUUGGAAUUCAAUGUUAGCAGCUUUUAGUCAAAAUAGUUGUCCCCUUUCAGCUUUAGAUCUUUUCUUUAAGAUGAAUAUGCUUGAAGUUCGAAUGGACAAAUACAGUUUUGCAAGUGUGAUCAGCUCCUGCGCUAGCAUCAGUUCACUUAGAUUUGGUGAGCAGGUUUUUGCAAGAGCUACUGUUGUUGGCUUAGAAGCUGACUUGAUUGUCUGUACCUCACUCGUUGAUUUUUAUUACAAGUGUGGUUUCAUUAACUUUGGUCGGAAGUUAUUUGAUGAAAUGGUCAAAUUUGAUGAAGCUUCUUGGAAUUCAAUGUUAACAGGGUAUGCUACAAAUGGUCAAGCAAUGGAGGUUUUAGAUUUGUUUGCUUCCAUGAGACAUGCUGUAGUUCAGCCCAAUGUUGUUACUUUUACUGUACUUCUAUCUGCUUUCAGUCACUGUGGAUUGAUUGAGGAGGCCAGGAAGUGGUUUUAUAUGAUGAAAUCUGAAUAUAACAUAGAACCUGAAUAUGAGCAUUACUCAUGCAUGGUUGAUCUAUUGGCUCGAGCUGGUUGUCUUGAAGAGGCAACAUCUCUAAUUAGGCAAAUGCCAUUUAAGGCGGAUGCUAGUAUGCUGUCUUCAAUUCUGAGAGGGUGUGUGUUCCAUGGUAACAAGAACCUGGGCAUAGAGGUUGCAGAGCUAAUGAUUCAUCUUGAUCCUGAAAAUUCAAGUGCUUAUGUGCAACUAUCUGGAAUAUUUGCUACUGCAGGUGACUGGGAUGGAUCGACAGAAGUUAGAGAUGUAAUGAGGACUAGAUGCACUGAAAAGAUUCCCGGUAUAAGUUGGUGAUGUGCCUGAAUAAAGUCAUAUUUAAGUGUUAUCAACUGCCUCUGUUGAACCCUUGAUUGAGACACAGCUAAGUUACUGACUAGUUUCACACUAGUUUCACAGGCAUCUUAGAGCUUUGGAUGAAUAUCUAUGUUUUUCAGGGAUCUAGAAAUAUAUGAUUGUUAGAAUUAAUGAACUAUGAAUUGAUGUAAUUAAGCAGCAGCAAUGGCAGGUAUACUGUGUAUACCUCACUGAAAUUAAUUCUUGCCGCUGUCAUUCUCUAUACAUACGAUGAUACUUGUUUGAGAGUAUUUGUAUGCAAAUAAACAUGAAGGUGAACAAAUAUCACGAUUGGCUAGUGGCCAUCUUGUUCAUCUCAUCACUUUUUACUUCUGUGGAGAUAUAUGGAUACACUAAUGAAUUUUAUCGAUUUGUGUGCAUCCAGGUUUCGGCAAGAUGAGGUGAACAUUGAAGAGAAAUGAUUUGGCUAGAACAAACACUGUAGCCUUGAGGAAAGCUCCAAGGUGUAACUUCAUCUUCAGAUGGUGAUGGUGAUUUCAUAAUGGCCUGGGCAGGAACCGGCUUUAUUUCAUAUUAAAAGAUUCUCUCAGUUUGGGAAAUUUAAUUCAAUUGAGGAAGUUCUUGGUGCUUGGAGACAAGCCUGUAUUUUCCCUGAAUCUUUCUGGCAAUACUUGUUGGUCUGGUGGAUUAGUAACAGCAAAGACAGCCAAGGUAAUCUAUCUCAUACUAGAGUUAGAGAUGUGGCCAAAAGUUGACAUGAAUAGAAUAUACAGAUCAGAUAAGAUAAACUGUAAAGCUACCAGCAGUACAUUUUUUUUCAAACAUAUUUGAGAGGAGCUUAGGCCAAUUGAUUGAAGACAAUAUGUGGCUUCUCCGACUAAUGAAAUGACUUCGUCUGCACAAACAGCAACAGUUAGAAGAUAAGCUAUCCUGCUUUUGGAAUGGUAAGGCUUAGGAAAUCUCUGCUUCCUGUCAAGAAAGCAACAAAACUUCAGAUCAGAUCCUCCAUAAAAGACCAGGUUUUUGAAGAUCAUUCAACAGGUAUAAUUUGCUAUAAAGAUGACAGAGGGGAAAUUAUAUGCGAAGGUUUCGAUGAGGGUCCUCGUCUACAUUUGCAGUAUCCUCCAACACUUGUACCAUUAAGGGAUGAUGACGGUAUCCUAGAUCGUCUUCAGCAGAGAUGGCUUCAGAUUAUGGAUGGAGAAACUGCAAACUCUAGCGACCUGCUUAAAAAGUCUUGCAAUGGAUUCAAUACGCUGCAUUGAAAAAAUGCAAAACAACACUAAAUGAUCACUUUGUAUAAAUGUUUUCUUAAUUAAGACCUGUUAGUUUUCUCUCUUUUAUAAAAAUAGACCUUAUCUUAAGUUGAAAGGACUUGGUCAUGUAAUUCCUACUUUUACAGGAUGUAAAUGAAGACUCCCACACCAUGUAAUUCGAUAUAUAUGAUCGAUAAAAUGGAUCAUUGUUUUAAUAACAUUUUCAGAUCAGAAAUCAUUCAGACAUC